ACUCCGUAAGAUGAGGAAACAGGGGAUGGGUCUGAACUAGGGCUGAUUCUGAGCCAGCAGGCGAGCCUCAAGAAAGUCAAGACCCUGUGGGAGAGGCCGCCGAGACCGCGCCGCUGGCCAUCUGCCUACAAAGACAUGGCCACCAACGCCAACCCCUUGCACCCAUACUGGCCUCGGCACCUGAGACUGGACAACUUUGUGCCUAAUGACCGCCCUACCUGGCAUCUCCUGGCUGGCCUCUUCUCAGCCUCUGGGGUCUUAGUUGUGACCACAUGGCUGUUGUCAGGACGUGCUGCGGUCAUCCCACUGGGGACCUGGCGGCGACUGUCCCUGUGCUGGUUUGCAGUAUGUGGAUUCAUUCACAUGGUGAUUGAGGGCUGGUUCAGCCUUUACCACGAGGACCUUCUUGGAGACCAAGCUUUCUUAUCCCAACUCUGGAAAGAGUAUGCCAAGGGAGACAGCCGAUACCUCCUGAAUGACAACUUCAUGAUAUGCAUGGAGACCAUCACUUCUUGCCUGUGGGGACCGUUCAGCAUUUGGGUGGUAGUCGCCUUUCUCCGCCAGCAGCCCCUCCGCUUUGUCCUACAGCUCGUGGUCUCUGUGGGUCAGAUCUACGGCGAUGUGCUCUACUUCCUGAUAGAGUACCGAGAUGGAUUCCAGCAUGGGGAGCUGGGCCACCCACUCUACUUCUGGUUUUACUUUGUUUUCAUGAACGCCCUUUGGUUGGUGCUGCCCGGAAUCCUCGUGCUCGAUUCUGUGAAGCAGCUCACCCGUGCUCAAACCCUGCUGGACACCAAAGCUACAAAAGCCAAGAGCAAGCAGAGCUAAUGAGUGAUGGACUGGGCUUGAACACUGGCUGAUGACAAACUCCAGCUACUAGAAGAGUCCAAUCUUUGCUCCCACAGGUUGGAGAGACAAAGUGAAUAGAUAUUUCAAACUCAGGCUGAUGGGUGGGCACCAAAAGGGCUAGAAAUGGGGAAGAAAGGAGCUGUUGGAACAAAGGUUCAAGAGAACCUUGGAGGUCCAUGGGGGUGGCAGUUUUUAAAAUCGGGAAAUAAAAGGUCUUGACCCUAA